AAGUAGGCUCGUAACCACAGAAAGUGAGUAGGCUCGUGACGGCCUUGGUGAGGGUGUUUACCUCCUCGGCGGCAGCGCUACUCGCCGCGCCUGGAGGUUAUUUGGCUGUAUUUUCAACAUUACCACACCCUUUCCUACACUCAGGUAUCAUCCUGGAGGGAAGGAGAAGAAGCAGAAGAGAAGCAUAGACGAGCAGCGCGUCACUGUGCUGUGGUGGCGGUGGCAGUGGCACCAUGGCAGAGAACAGUGGGUCGGUGUUGGUGGUGGAGGCCCUGUACUCCUUCAGGGGCAAGAACAAUGAUGAGCUAUGCUUCACGAAAGGGGACCUGAUCACAGUAACCCAGCGAGAGGAGGGAGGCUGGUGGGAAGGCACUCUGGGAGACAAGACAGGAUGGUUCCCCUCCAACUAUGUGCGGGAGUACAAACCACAGGAAGGCGCUCCACUCUCUCCUCAACUUGUGGAGGAGGAACUGCUCAGCCCACAGCACAGUCAGCAGCAGCAGGUGUACCGCAGCCUAGUGUUCAAAGAUAUACUAGAAUCAGAGCGAGCACACCUGGGAGACCUCCAGAGCCUUAUUGCCUCUUACCUGGGAGGUCUUCGCAAGUCUGAUGUGUUAACAGAGGCUGAAUACAAGCAGAUGGUGGGCAAUUUGGAGGAGGUGGCAGUAGCUCACUCCAAUCUUGUCACUGCACUUGAGGAACAAAGUGAGCGGCCAUCAAGAGAACAGCGCAUUGGGGGAGCCUUCCUUACCCUUGCACCUCACAUCCAGAACGUCCACCAAACCUACUGCAGUAACCACCCAAGGGCUGUGUGCAUCUUGGAAAAACACAAGGAUGAGUUGGGUAGCUUCAUGGAGAGCCAAGGAGCACCAAGACCUGGCAUCAUGUUCCUCACCACAGCACUCAGUAAGCCCUUCCGACGCCUUGACAAGUACACUGGCAUGCUUCAGGAGUACCAGCGCCACUUGGAGGAGGGACAUCCAGACCGUGGUGACACUCAGCGCUCAUCACACGUGUACAAGGAAUUGGCUUCAGUGUGUGGAGCAAUACGGCGACAGAAGGAGUUGGAACUGGAGGUGGUGACAGGACGAGUGCAUGGCUGGGAGGGUGGAGACAGCCUGGGGACAUUAGGGGAGGUACUGCGCAUGGGCUCUGUGGCAUUGCUUCCUGACCACCGUGACCGUUACUUUGUGCUCUUCCCUGCUAUGCUGGUGAUGCUCUCUGUCUCACCCAGGAUGAGUGCCUUUAUCUUUGAGGGAAGCUAUCCUCUGAGUGGCAUCAGUGUGAACUGGUUAGAGGAUGGGGACCAUUACAAGAAUGCCUUUGAGCUGUCAGGGCCAGUGCUGGAGAGGAUCGUGGCUGUGUGCCAGAGCAGACAGGAUCAGCAGCAGUGGGUGGAAGCGUUCACCCAGCAGUGCCGCCUUGCCCGUGCCUCAAGCUUCACCCCCCACAUAUCCCUGCUAACCUCCCCUCCUGUCCUCCCAGCUCAUGGAGGCCCACUCAUGCCUCGCCAGGCCAGUACCACCAGUGCCACCAGCCUUCAGGAUGCUCCAGCCAGACCUCGUCGCUCUGUCCCAGGCAAGGUGUGGAGUCUGUCAUGCCUCCGUCCAUCCCCUCCGCUGAGGCCAGGAAUCUCUGUGCGUGAGGAGAAGCGGAAUCAACGGUACACAAAGCGUAAAGAUGAUAAAUGGCAUGAGGAUGAUGCACUGAUCCUUCGUGUGAUUGAGGCAUACUGUACUAGUGCCAAAACCCGCUACACGAUCAACUCUAUUGACUUGGGGCAGGUUGGCCGUGCAUGUGGGGGGAGUGCCACUGGGGGUUCAUUGGACUGCAGGGGAACCCACCACCACCAUCACCACCACCACCUUCAACAACAACAACAGCAGCAUCAGCAGCAGCAGACUCCUCCUCACUCCCCCCCAGCACUCUCCCCCUUUGGAGAGUUACGUCUGCACAAGGGUCAGCGCUCUAACUGGUGCUGUGGUUUGGCUAUCAAGGCCAUCAAGAAAAACAUUGAUUUUGACUGUUAAAGCAAGUUAGGGUUCUGCUGGUAUGUGAACCCUGAACUGCAACCUAAUUAAAAUCAAACUUUGGUGCAAUGAAGUGUGAAGAGGAAUUUUACCCAGAAGAUAUACCAGUGAAUGGUGUAAUCAAAUACAUAGUAGAAAAGGUCACAUUUUACAUGGGUAUUUGAUUAUAUGACUAUUUUUGGAUUGAAAGUUCGUUCCUUAACUUUUGUGUUUGAACUUUUUAAAAAGAUUAUUAUGUUGCCAGAAAUUUUGAUAAGAGAAUCACAAAUGAUGGUACUUAAGAAAAGGCACUUAUGUGUUUAAACUGUGAAAGAAGACAAUAAUUUUGCCAAAGAUUUCCUAAGGUAAUGAUUAGAUAUGACAUUAUGCCACAUUAAGGAAAGGGCAUUACUUUUGUACAAGAAAUAAAUAAUUUGCAGUGAGUGGAUAAAAGAACACUGUUGCUGAUAGAUGAUAAAACAGUUGAUCCAAAUAUGCAAGCAAAAUAGUUUGAAUUAUGUUAUUCACUUUCUUUCCAACAAAAUCAAAACUUUACACAUGCUUUUUGUAUAUACAUAGAGGGGAGCUUUGAUUUUCUGAUCUAGCAGGGAAAGGCCUGAAGAGUUUUGAAGUCUUUUCUUUUUUUCAUAUGUUAGAAAUAGCACAAAUAUUAAAGAAACAUUUUACUGCAGUACACAGAACAGUUCUGUACAAACAAAUCUCAUUAUACUUGUUUGACAUGACAUUUCCGUACUUUAUGGUAUGAAAGUGUUGUGUAAAAUGAAAUUGGCAUUUUAUUCAAUUUAAAAGUUUCAUUUAUUGAUUUUUUCAUAUAUUUAAAAACAUUUUUUUUUUUUUUUAACUGAAAAGUUGGGGUGCAGAACAAUGAGUGUGCAAUGUAAAUAUAUGAUUUUAUGCAUUUAUCAGGAUAAACUGGUCAAUUUUGGUGUAAAAAUGUAGUAUAGUAUUUAUGUAUCUAGUUUUCAACUGUCACAGUGCACUUGUGAGUAUGCUACUCAAGGCUGAGAAUGUCACUGCCUCCUCUAUCCAUGAUACCUUACUUGCCUGAUGAUUCGUGUGCCACAUAGAUAAACAAGACACACUGCAACUCAAUGCACAAGGAUGUCACGCACACUUCCACUUUCUUGCUUGCAUUCUUUCAUCUAUAGGUUUGCUCCACAUAUUGUACAAACAGAGUCACUUUGAGGAGUAUAUCUCUGUAAUGCCUUAUGUUUUGAUAAACUGAGAAAUUGAUAUACAUAUAUAGUUUGGCAUAUGAAGAAGUGGCCAGUGAUGAAACUCUCCUGAUGGAACAUCUGACAUACAUGACAUCUCAUAAAUUAUGCUGUAAUGACCAUUAUGGUAUACAGUUAGUGGCUUUUCAUUUAUAUUGAAUAUCCUGCUACUGCACUUCUUACUUCCCUUUUAGAUCAGUUUCAGGCAGUAUAUCCAAGUAUAAUACGCAUCUUUGGUUUUACCUUUUUGGUUGCUUUUCCUUGAGCAAUGUAGGCUGUUUCAAUAAAACCAGUAUAUUUUUCUUUCUUCAUUUAAUUGACUGACGGAAGUAUUAGUGUCACAUUUCCUCUUCCUUUUUUCAUGUUCUAAUUUACAGAGCACUUUUGCCCCUGUCUGUCAGUGCUUUGAAUUCUGUUUUGUAAUGCUGAGAAACUGAUCUAAAGGGCUUGGAGAUGAGAGGGAGUUUGUAGGGAUUGAAUCCUUGACGUGAUACUCAUCAUGCAUGAUCUCUUGACUUUUUACUAUUAUGGGUGCAGAUGUAGAUUUGUUCAACCUUGACUACAGUAGCAUGAAAUAUUUUAUCAACGGAUCAAUAUUCAUUGGGUUUAAGAGUGUAAGGGCAACAAGUUUCUGUGAAAUAUUUCCAUAUGUUUUGACAUAAUAUAUAUAGCCUCAUGGAUUAUUCAUUAUAGUUAAAAAAAAACAAGCCAUUAAGACUUCAUAUUCUUAUUUUACUGAGGGUGUUCAACUUGUGAGGGAGAUAUGUUUCUGAAGAAUGCUUGUAAUUAAUUUUGCUAACAGCUUGUCAUCAUAGUUUUGUUAUCACUGAAAAAAAAGUUAUCAUGUGUUUUGGAAACAAUGUAAUGCUGCAACAAACUUUGUCCCAUUGCUAGCAGAUGUACAAGGACUGGGGAGGUGGGCUAUCUUACAUUAUGGUGCUGUGUGGUUUGGGUUGUGGCAAAGUGGUGUAUGAGGCAAAUAUGGCAUGCAGUUCAAAAUUUAAAUUAAAAGUUGGCAAAGGGAAUGGCAUUUAGCACAGUUUCAUUUUGCAAAACACACUGCCUUUAUCUUCCAACACCCAUAAGUUGUUAUAUCAUAACUAGGAUUCUUAUUUUCUUGGACAUUGAAAAUGCUAAUAUUCUUUUAUUUUUGUACACACACACACACACACACACACACACACACACACACACACACACACACACACACACA